CGAGUUUAGUCACGGUCAUAUAAUAAGGGAGAUGCAGAUGAAAUACGCGGGAUUGAAUGGUCGAAAAAAGGAUUUCGGAGAAGCCACAUAUAAAAAACUCAUUCAGGAAGUUGGUCGGGUAGUGUACCAACGCCUCGUUCAAAUAAUGAAAGAUGAUAUUGAUAAAAUACAUUCAACUUUCUUACUAAGCAAGGCGUAUCGCAAGAAACACCCACACUUCGGUGAUUUCCAACUAAUACUAUCAACUUUACAUCAGAUACAAGACGCGGAGGGCAAGCCUAGACUUUAUAUACAAGAAAACGAACUAACAAGUUUCCGUGUAACAACCACUAUGAUUGACAACAUACCGGUUGAGAAAGUGCAGGAAGCUUGCAAUACGUACAUUGAAAAAAUAACUGACAAGGUUUUGGAGCACGUAAAAAAUCUAAAAAUGGAAGCGCAUCCCGAAAUGGAUCCUAUAGAGGCAGCUGCCAAGAUUAAAGUCAGGGAACAAAUAGUCAAGCUGACACCUUAUUUACCUGAUAUCAUAAAACAAGUUGUGAACAAGCAAUUCAUUCCGGACGGAUCUAGUUGCUAUACAGUACUUAUCUAUGGCGAACCGACCAUUCCGAACAAGGAAUUGACGAAGCCUUGGCUUCGACGUCACCGAGCCAUUACCGUCAUGAGAGACCCGAACUUGUUCAACCUGCUCACCGUGCGCGUGCCGCGGGACGCGCUCGCGGCGCUGCUGGCCGCCGACGGCACGCUGGUCGGUGCGUGACUGUUGUUGUUGUUGUUGU